UGUUACGCAAAUGCAAUUAACAAAUGCAAUUAAAACAAUUUUUCUAUAUUUAAGACUUUACUGUAACUUAAAGUUUCAUAUCGACUUUGUCAACGAAAGCAGCUUGUGAUCAAAUUUAUUAAAUCAAAUAAAAAAAAUGAUGUUGAAAGUUAUCUUCUUCGCAUCAGCGGUGUCCAUCGUUUGCGGUAGUCAAUAUGCCUAUUUUGGCGAUAACCUAGUGGAAUUCGAUGACCCACCAGCACCUACAAUUUCCCUCCCUUACUAUCCUACAUCACCCCGCCAAGAGUCUAAAGUGAUCAAGGUAGAGUCGAGGCCGGUAACCUAUGAUGUUGGAAUUCGCACUGCAAUCGUCUCCUCGCCGCCUGUUAUGACUAAAUUGGACCUGAUAUUGUCUCCGUUCAGAUUUGUCUGUUCCGUGGCAACUAGCAUCGUUAGCUUUAUCAAGAGGACGAUAACGUACAUCUUCACAUCUAUCCCAGCUCUUAUCUUCGGAUGCAAUCUUUCUGCUAUCUGCAAAUUCUUCAACAUCGACCCACUGUCCUAUGUGAAUGAGAUAACCUCAUUGGUUAAUCCUGAAAGAUUGAAGAGAGCUACGGACUUCGUGGCGACAGCUAUCAACAAGUAUAAGGAACUUCAAAAAGAAUUUUAGUAUUCCAAUUUAGAUAUAAGGAUCUAUUUAUAAUAUUUAUGGAAAUAAAUUAUUGAAAUAUUCAA